AUGUCCGUCGAAGCUUACGCCCAGGAAUUGAAAGCAGCUCUGCACCAAUACCCAAACUUUCCCGAGAAAGGGAUCCUUUUCGAGGAUUUUUUACCAAUCUUCAGAUGUCCAAAACUAUUCCAGAAAUUGGUCGAUGCCUUCAAAAUUCACCUAGAAGAGACUUUCUCUACUGGUAAAAUUGACUACAUUGUUGGGCUAGAAUCCAGAGGGUUCUUAUUUGGUCCUUCAUUGGCUCUUGCGAUGGGUAUUGGCUUCGUUCCAGUGAGAAAAGCUGGUAAAUUGCCUGGUGAGCUAGUUAGUGCUGUGUACCAAAAGGAAUAUGGUACUGAUGUCUGUGAGAUGCAGAAGGAAGCCAUUCCAGCAAACUCAAACAUUGUUAUUGUCGACGACAUUAUCGCUACUGGUGGUUCUGCAGCCGCUGCAGGUGAUUUGGUCAAGCAAGUCGGUGGUAACAUUUUGGAAUACUGCUUUGUCAUGGAAUUGGACUUCUUGAAAGGUGCUGAAAAAUUGAGUGCUCCUUGCUUUACCCUAUUGAAUGCACAGCAGGAGGCAUUGAAAGAAGCUAAUUGA